GCAGAGAAAGAGACGACUGAUUUUGUUACAUUUUCACUGGUGGAAAAGUGCCUCCAUUCCCUCAUAAUAUGAAGCUCUUUCAGCAAAGUUGGUUGUUUCUACUGCUGCCUGUUGUACUAAGAGUUGCAUGCUCCUCCUUUAUUAGUGUCAACCUUGGCAUGAAAGUGAUGAAAGGACAGUCUGUCUUCCUGACAGAAGACGACCUCAAGUUUUCCAUCCCCAGAGAGGAUAUCUGCAAAGUAGAAGUUGAGCUUAAUGAGCCAAUUACACAAAGAGUUGGGAAACUAACUCCACAGGUUUUUGACUGUCACUUCCUUCCUAAUGAAGUCAAAUACACCCACAAUGGCUGUCCAAUUUUAGAUGAAGACACAAUCAUGCUUAGGCUGUACAGGUUUACAGAAACUGAAACGUUUGUAGAGACAUUCACCCUUCAUGUGCAGUUACUUGAGCCAGACUGUAACAUCAUCAAAAUGCGCUCCCGUGCCCUGGAGGUCCCUGAGUACUAUGGUCUGUCUAGGGUGAUUGACAAGAAUGUCCUCACUUUCGACUAUGACAGGAAGAUAAAUCUGGAUUGCACUAUUUCCAUAGACUCUUUAGAAACACAUCUGCCUGCUCAUGGCCAACUCAUCACUGGGGAAGUGCAGAAAGAGCAGCUUCGUGGAGAUCAGCCACAGAGCUUCUUCCCUGACCCUAAGGACAGCCUGGGCCAGCACUGUGGAAACGAGAGCUGCAUGCUGGGACUGGGAGCUGUUCAGAACACAAAAAUCAGCUGCGAACAAUUUCUGAGGAUGGGGAUUAGAUAUCAACACCUUGACCCUCCCUCGCCUGACACUGAUUAUAUUCCUGUGAGGCUGGAUCUCACGGAUAGGAGAAGCAAAAUCCUCCACAAGACUGAAUAUGCAUGGCUCCCUGUUCAGAUUAAAGGUGCUAUUCCCAAUCAAAUACCCAACGCUGUCCUUACUGCAAAGUUCAUCCUGGAAGUAGAUCAAUUUAUUUUAACCCCCUUUACAACCACAGUUGUUGAUUCUGAAGACAGUGAAACUCCAAAGCCCUUGCUUGUAUUCAACAUUACCAAGCCACCUGUGCAGGGCUUCAUCACUCAUCUAUCUGACCAUACAAAAGUUGUUGGUUCUUUCACGUGGAAAGAUCUCAAUGACAUGCUCAUUGCCUAUCAGCCUCCAAAUAACAGCCACACAGAGAGAAGGAAUUAUGAGGUGGAAUUUGAGGUCCAUGACUUCUACUUUGAAAGGAGUUUACCAAUUACUGUACAUCUUUCUAUCAGAACAACAGAUACAAAUGCUCCCCGGGUAUCAUGGAAUACAGGCCUCAGCCUCCUGGAAGGGCAAUCUCGACCAAUCACGUGGCAACACUUCCAAAUUGUAGACAACGAUGAUAUCCAAAAUGUUCACUUGGUCAUUGUUGACGGCUUACAGCAUGGACAAAUCACAGUGAGAGGACGGAAAGGAUUCAUGUUCACAGUCUCUGACAUUCAGGCUGGAGUUGUUCACUACCAUCAUGAUGACAGUGAUUCUUCUAAGGACUCUGUGGUAUUUAGAAUUUCCGAUGGCUCCAACAGUAUUCGCCAUAAGCUUCCAAUCAAUAUUCUCCCUAAGGAUGACAGCCCACCAUUUCUUAUCAGCAAUGUUGUCAUUGAAGUUCAUGAGGGUCAGACAGUCCUGAUUCAGGGCUCCAUGCUUCAUGCAUCUGACAUGGAUUCCAGUGAUGAUUACAUACUAUUCAAUAUUACCAAGCCACCACAGGCUGGAGAAAUCAUGAAGAAACCAGGACCAAACUUGAUAGGGUAUUCUGUCAGCAGUUUUCUUCAGAGGGAUCUAUUUAACGGAAUAAUUUAUUAUCAUCAUUUGGGGGGAGAAAUAUUUGAAGAUUCCCUUGAGUUUGUGCUGUGUGAUAGCCAUGACCCUCCCAAUCUCUCAGAGCCACAGGUGAUGAUGGUACACAUUAUCCCUGUGGAUGAUCAGCUACCCAGAGAAGCCCCAGGAGCAACACGUCACCUGGUUGUUAAGGAGACUGAGAUUGCUCACCUGACUAAGAAACACCUCCACUUCAUAGAUGUGGAAGAGCAAGAUAGGGAACUCACAUACACCAUAACUACUUCCCCAUUUUUCUCUUGCACACGCAGCCAUUCAGAUGCUGGGAAGCUGUUUAUGGUGGACACUGUUCCCAAGCUGGUCAAGGAUCCUGCUGCUCUUGCACUGCGGUCAUUCACUCAGCAUGCUGUAAACUACAUGAAAGUUGCGUACAUGCCACCACUGCAGGACAUUGGGCCCGAACCUCAACAAGUCCAGUUUAUCUUUUCCAUCAGCAAUCAGCAUGGUGGCACUUUGUAUGGGAUCUGCUUCAAUAUUACUAUUCUUCCUGUGGACAAUCAAGCUCCAGAGGUUUUUACAAGCCAUUUGAGUGUGGAAGAGGGUGGCCUGAGCCCUGUCACAGAGGGACACAUUCAUAUCUCUGACAUGGACACGAAACAGGAGCAUCUCCUCCUUCUCCUGCAGAGACAGCCUCAGCAUGGGGCAGUGGAGCUGGAUGGCAUUCCCAUGAAUGAAGGUGACAGGCUUUCCUGUGGGGAUCUGCAUACCUUGGCAGUCAGAUACCGGCAUGAUGGCUCUGAGACUCUCACUGAUGAUGUCCUCUUUGCAGCCACAGAUGGCAUCCACUUUGUAGAGUUCAUCCUACAGGUUAAGGUGUUGCCCAUGAAUGAUGAGCUACCAGUUAUGCGAACAGGCCUUGUUCCUGUGCUCCACUGCCUGGAGGGUGAAGAAGUGGUCCUCUCCUCAGAGUACCUUUAUGCUACAGAUGCAGACAGUGAUGACAUGAAACUGAUGUUUAUGCUGGCUCGCCAGCCCUACCAUGGGGUAUUGAGGAAAGCUGGCAUUGCUGUGGAUUGCUUCUCCCAAGCUGACGUUAUCUCUGGUUUAGUCACAUAUAGGCACAACAGUGGGGAGAUCGGCCUGACUCCUUCCACUGAGAUCCUAACCUUCAUUGUUUGUGACGGUGAGGUGGGCCGAGAUGUGAAAGACUGCUGCUAUGAUGGACCUCUUCCUCCUCCAGUUCCGCUUCGAGAUCCAUUUCCAGUAUAUGACCUUAACGUUACUGUACUUCCAGUGGAUAACCAGCCUCCAUCAAUUGCAACUGGUGCAAGGUUUGUGGUUGAGGAGGGCUCCUCAGCAGCCUUUACCACCAACCAUUUGUUUGCCACUGACCCUGACACCACUGCAGAUGAUUUAGAGUUUGUCUUGGUUUCUCCUCCCCAGUUUGGCUACAUUGAAAAUAUACUACCUUCUCCUGGGUUUGAGAAGAGCAACAUUGGUGUAAGUAUAGCUUCAUUUCAGCUGAAGCACCUGAAAGCCCUGAACAUAAACUAUGUACAAGCCAGACACUUGCGAGUGGAGCCAACAGCAGACCACUUUGUACUUUAUGUCACUGAUGGGCUGCAUCGUUCUGCAGAGACUCCAUUUUUCGUGCUGAUCAACCCAACAAAUGAUGAAGUUCCAGAAUUCAUAACAAGGAAUAUGACUGUUCAAGAGGGGGAGAUGAAAGAGUUGGAUCUCUCUGUUAUCAAUGCAGUUGACCUGGAUGUGCCUCAAGACCAUUUGGUAUUUGAAGUUGUGCAGAGGCCCUGGUAUGGGUUUCUUAUUAAUGGAGUUCAUGGCAAUGAUAUUCUGCACUAUAAACAGCUAAUUAACCACGACCACCACAGCCAUGGGUUGCUUGUUCAUAUCUUUUCCAUGGAGCUAUUGAAGAAUGGAAUGAAACUGAUGUACAUGCAUGACAAUUCAGAAAACUUCACUGACAGCUUUAAAAUCCAACUAUCAGAUGGGAAACAUAAAGUCCUCAGAACCAUUUCAGUAAAGGUCAUUCCAGUUAAUGACGAGAUACCAGCACUGAGCAAGAAGGAUGAUAUAGAGGUGAACAUGGGUGAAACUCGAAUAAUUUCUAGUGCUGUUCUGUCAGCAGAAGAUAAAGAUACCCCCAGGGGGAGAAUUUUCUACUUAUUUGAAAAACUUCCAGAAAAUGGUCAGCUUCAGCUCAAGGUAGGCCAAAGCUGGACAACUCUCCAAACUGGAAUGAAGUGCACUCAGGAAGAAUUGGAUAUGAACCUUGUGAGAUAUGUCCAUACAGGAGCUAUAGGGACCAAGAACCAAGACAGCUUCAGAUUUUAUCUGUGGGAUGGGUACAACAGAUCCCCAGCUGUCGACUUCUACAUAAAUAUAAAGGACAUGGAAAAGAGAGACAUUGCUGUUUUCACAAAACCUCUUCGAGUGCUAAAAGGGAAUCUGGUCUACAUUACAACUGAUGUCCUCCUUGCACUAGAUGGUACUAACAAGCCAGAGGAGCUCCUCUAUGUGAUAACUUCCCCACCCCAGUAUGGACAAAUAGAGCAUGUCAGCUACCCUGGCAUUCCCAUUACGAGCUUCAGUCAAAUGGAUGUAGCGAGACAGAUAGUCUGUUAUGUUCACAACACCAAGCAAGUUGUCCCUGAAGAUACGUUCAGAUUCAUCAUCAGCAAUGGACUGAGGACUAAGCAUGGAACAUUCAUCAUCUCCUUGGAGGCAGUUGACCAAGAUUUGCCAACACUGUUUAGGAACACAGGGUUAAGAAUAGUGGAAGGUGCUACAGCGCUCCUUUCUCCUGACGUUCUGCAACUUUCAGACUCAGACACUGACAAAGAAAACCUCACUUUCCUCUUGGCCCAACUCCCCCAGUAUGGUAAUCUCUAUUACCGAGGGGCUGUGCUACUGCAGUACAAUUUCACCCAGCAAGAUGUGAACAAUGGGAAUGUUGCAUACAAGCACCGAGGUGGGGAUUCCCAGACUGACAGAUUUACAUUUGUUGCAACAGAUAUGACUAAUCAAGGUUUCAUCGUGAAUGGGAGGGUGCAGAGUGAGCCGGUGGCAUUCACCAUUCAGGCAAGUCUGACCACAGGCCUAUUUAAAAGAGAUAUAGAGCAUGAUAAGGUGGAUCGUUUGGACAAAGUGGCACCAAAAAUUAUUCGUCUUCAUUGCUUUUCUGAUGUGGAACUGCUGGAGAAUGGCAAAUAUGGGAUCUAUAUUACUACCAGGUCCCUGAAGGCAUCUGACCCCAAUACAGAAGAUGACAAAAUAUUUUUUAAGAUUUUACGAGGUCCUAAUUAUGGCUACCUGGAAAAUACAACAACAGGUGGAUGUAUUCAGGAAGGGUUUACCCAAAAGGACUUGACCAGCAAAGUCAUACUUUAUGUCAUCAAUCCAUUGAGGGAAGUGAAUUCAGAUAGCUUGGAAUUUCAAGUCACAGAUGCCAGUGGAAACUCUGCAGUGCCUCAAAGGCUGGAGCUGCGGUGGUCUCAGAUUGAAAUGCAACAGACUGAAUAUGAAGUGUGUGAGAGCUUGGGAUUGUUGCCUCUGAAAAUCACCAGGGCAGGACACUCAGAAGAGUCUGCCUUUAUUGCUGUGAAGGUCAAUGAAAUAUCUGCUAUGUUGGGAAAGGACUUUACAGUGACUCCCUCCAAACUUGUUCAGUUUGAUCCAGGAAUGUCAACCAAGAUGUGGAAUAUAGCAAUUACCUAUGACGGAUUAGAGGAAGAUGAUGAAGUCUUUGAAGUAGUUCUGAACUCCCCUGUAAAUGCUGUUCUUGGCACCCGGACAAAAGCUGUAGUGAAAAUUUUGGACUCGAAAGGAGGUCAGUGCAGAUAUUCCCAUUCUUCUGGCCAAAGCAAGCACGACGUCUGGGGGAGAGGCAAAAUGUUUCCAGUUUCCUUCAGCUCCUCAUCCCCUCCCAGACCUGGAAAGGCUCCCAUGGAAGGGAUACCACUGCCUCCUCCUACAGGGAUGAGAGAGCAUGGAGGGGACCUGCGGCAGGCACACAGCUCCACAAAUUGGUCAAGGACCAGGCUGAGGGUGACUGGAAAUGGCAGAAUAGUUCAUCCUUCAUCUGUAUUUAGAAAUGGAACUGAUGUGGUUUACAAAUAUCACGGAAUGGUAUCACUCAAAAUAGAGGAUGACACCUCAUCAACUAAAGCAAACAAGAAGGCUCAAGUGUCAGUAAUUAACCAAGCAAAACCACAGAUAAAUGUUGACUCAUUUAGGAAGAAAGAAAUCCCACAAGCUGAUAAGGCAGAACUGGCAUCUAAACCAAGCUCCAGACAGCAGGACUUUAACUCUUUUCCAAAGGCCUGUACACCAGAUUUAAAAGGACUCUUGCAUUAUGAAGAAAACAGUCAAAAGUUAUUUCAGUGUGAUGGGAUAAUAUGGAAGUUCUGGAAUUCUCAAAGUAAGGAGGUAGGCACAAAGGAAUGUCCCUCUGGAUGGAGUCAUUAUGAGGGCAGCUGCUACUUCCUGGUAGUGAAUCACAAGGUCACCUGGAACACUGCUGCGCAGGCUUGCAGAGAGCAAUACCUGGGGAGACUAGCAAGUGUGGCUAAUGAACAACACAUGCAGUGGCUGUGGAACUUCGGUGGGAGGAAACCCUUUUGGAUAGGCUUGAAUGACCAAGUCAAUCCUGGACACUGGGAGUGGAACGGAGGAGAACCUGUAACCUACAUAAACUGGAGAAGAGGCUCCUACCACUUUCCAAAGAGAGGAAGAAAUUGUGUAUUGGUCCAGAAGCGAGGAAAAUGGAAGGCAACUGACUGCAUGAAGGUCAAAAGGAACAACUAUAUAUGUUCAAGAAAGCUAUAAAGAAUGGAGGAUCUCUGUGAAAGACACACAUAUUCAUGUUGUUUGAGUUUUGUUUCUCUGCGGGCAUGUGAUGGUGCGCAGUUGGAAAAUUGUCCUGUAAUCAGUAAGGUUGAUUUUAUAUGCUGCCAGAGGUGCAGAUGAUUGGACUUUGACAAAGGAAUAGAAGUCAGUUGCAAAGAUUAAGUCCAGGUUAAGGUUUUGAACUCUUCCUAGAGAAUUUGAUCUGUUACUUACUUGUAUGUGUUUUUACACUGAAGAGCUAGAUCUGAAGGCUUUCAUCACAUUUCUGUGUGAAAAUACUUUGGUUUUUAAAAAAAGAAAGUAGUAAAUCCGUUGAUUUGCCUUGCUCUCGAGAGGUUGUGAAUUGGCUGUUGCUUUAAUUUGUUUGCAAUUUAAACUGCGUUUUUAUCCUGCAGUCACAAAAAGAGGAUGACUGCUUAGGGUAGAAAUGAGGGCAGAGACUUUAGACUAAAAACAAGUCCUCUUGGGUGACAAGGGGAUAUUAUGCCAGAAGACUGAGGUUUUUUUAGUGGAUGUCCUAGUACAUUGUCUUUCGAAAAUACCAAUAGUAGGAUUUAGUAACAGAGUUCUAACUGGAGCAAAGCCUUGUAUUUCUUUUUCUGCUUCCCAAGGAUGGCUUCAGAUCCUAAUGGAUCUGGUCACACAGAGCUGCAUAUUGUUUCACAUGCCUAUCCAAAAUUGUUCUAUGUGUUUUGGAGUUGCAGGAUGGUGCUCUAAUUUUUAGUAUAAUUAAAUAAUGGGACCUCUAUAAAUCUAAUGCUAUAUCAAAGGAUGAUUUACACAUACAAAAAAAUUAAUACUAAAGCUGAAUCCUAGAAUUUUAUCUUGGGAUGUUCAGCAAUACAUGAACAUCAAUAGGAUUUAUAUGUGUGUUUAAACCAAUGUAAUCAUGAGACAUU